GAACAUUCAGUACAUUUUGAAACUCCAGCAAUACAAAAUUCAGUUCGGCUACAAAAAAAAAAAAACCCCAGACGGAGACGCUCCCGAAUAUUUCCCCUUAAACCCAGCACGCAAUGGGCAACAUGGCCGACAUCGACUACGAGCCUUUCAAUCCAUUUAACGUCGGUCCGCCCAACAGCGGCAAGCGGAUGGAGUUCAAAAUUCCCACCAGCCCCACAUAUCCACCACCGGUGUUUGCCGUUAUACAACAGGACAAGCAGGGGUACAUCAAGCGGUCCGUCUCGCAGGAGUCGGGGUCGGCGCCGGCAGUGCAGAAGGCGGAGACAGCCUCCCACCUAAAAAUUGGCCAAUCCAAAACCGGGGAAGUGGCUGUAUCGAAGGCCAUCAAUGAGGAGAUGGCCACUGCAAAGCAGCAGGCUGCUGCCCUGGAUGAAGAGGGUCGCUUCGAUGCGGGUGGCAUCUCAAAGAUGCGGCUGCCCUCCUCCAAGUCCAGCAUCGACUCAAAAUCGAGGGUCCAGUCGAAAGUGUCUGUCCGGACGCUGUUGCCGGUGAAGUCGCGGCGACAGGCCAGCGGCGACGGCCAGGCCGAAAAGAGAUCGACAUCAGAGUCCAGUGUCAGCACAAAGGCGAGCAAGGUGUCUAGGGGAAGUACCCGCACUCGGGUGAGCACAAGCUCCAGCACCAAGUCCCGGUCGAGUUCCGCCGCCAAGCGGAGCAAAAAGUCACAGUCGAGCAUCAUCUCUAAGCGUUCCCAGUCGAGCACUCGAUCCAAGUCGAGCACCGCUUCGUCCAAGGCGUCGCUGGGAAAAUCCCUGGGAAGAGCUUCCAAUAAACUGAAUCCACAAUCGACCACAGCCUCGACCAUCACACUAACGUCCGAGGUGCUCAAAAGAGAUUCAAAGAUAAAGUCAGUCAAGGCUUCAAGCUCUAAGGAGGAGUCAAAGGUUUCUCUUAAGUCAAAGACUGGCAAAAAGUCUUCAGAUACUCGCGCUUCCAAGACUAUUGGGAAACCAACCUCAGAAACCAUAUCCCAACAUUCGGUGCAGUCCAAGACCAAAGUAUCUACUCGCUCUGCCUUCAAGACAAAGAAGGACGAUUCGACUGCCGCUCUCAAGUCGAGAGCCGCUUCAUCAAAGUCCUCGUUGAAGGCCAAAACUAAGUCUGUCAACAAGAUGAAGACUGUAAAGGCCUUGGCUGAUGGAACAUCUUUGAUCCAUCAGGCCGCUGAGAUCUCCGAACGCCUCAAGGCAGGCAAUGAGGACAAUUUCAGACGCUUCAGUUCAGUGAUUCACAACCACUCAAGGACGGUGCCCGAGAAGCUGUUCCGCGAGGAUCGCAUGUCUUUCUGGUUCCAGGAUGCUGUGCUCUCCUAGGGAAUGGCUUGCACCUCCGUAAACUUCCCCAAUGCUCCACAAUAGUUCAUUCCCAAUUAAUUGCGAUUUAUUUAAGCGAAGCAAUACACAUAAAUACAUACAAAUUAGCCGUAUAAAGGUACUAUGGGGUGGGAGCUGCUU